AGCUCCGUGGGGGGAGGGGUUGGUGUACUGGACCUGAAAUGUUAGUUUUAUUUCUGGCCGGCUGAAGCAUGAAUACUGUUGUAACAAAGAUCCUGUGUGUAAGAAAUGUAAUGUUCUCAAAACCAGUUGCACCAACACUCACCAGGUUGGCUUCCAUCAGACCGCUUCUUUUAUGGUUUACAGGUAACCGCUUAGCCAGCAAGAGACAUUACAGGUCAAUGCCCACCCAUGGGAUCGGGAGGUAUAAAUACUUACUGCCAAAAGAAGUGCCACGGAAGAAAAGAGAGAAGCUUCAGAUGAAACAGCUCAAGCCUGGCACUGACACAGAAUAUGGUGUCUUAAAUAUCCAACUGACUGGCUAUGAUAUGACACUUGUAGAACACUACAGUCAGUAUAUACACCGGCUCUGCAAUCGACUGAAGAUCAAAGUGGAGGAAAGCUAUGCAAUGCCUACAAAGUCCACUGAGAUCUCUGUGCUGCAGGAACAAGGAACUAAGAUGAAUGUGGAAGGUGUUGUUCACUGUCAUGAGAGAAUUGUACAGAUUACUGGUUUGAGUUCAGUUCUUGCCCCAAUUGUUGUGGAAGUUCUUCAAACCAAUCAGCCAGAAGGUGUACUGCUGUGCAUCAAGGAGCACACUGAAGCUGAAUUCAAUGCUCGGUUCAAGGCUCGGCCGGAAUUAGAAGGACUGAUAGCACAGAUGAGUUGAGAAGAUAUCUAAACGAGGUGAUCAAGCCAGACGCAAAUGUAUUUGGUAAUGUCGGGAACUGUGAUUGAAAAUAAAAUGUAGUGAUCAUUGUUUCAAGGACUUUUAAAAAAAAAACAGCUUAUUGUGUGAUUAUAUUGUUAAUAAAAUGAAUUCUAAAAUA